GCUGCCCUUGAAGUUGUAUGUACAUACACAUGCGGGGUGCGCCGGCUGUGCCGGACGUCCGGAGUAGAGUUCCCCAAAACGGCUGGCGGGCGUGAAGAUCCCAUAUUGCGGGCGAGACAAUAUAAAGGUCAACAGUGAGCCUGUUUUUUUUCUCUUUCUUUCUGCCAGUCAUUCAACAACGUAUCUGGAAACUAUGGCUGCCCUCAAUGCGAGCCCAGCGACGACAGUCGAGAAGCCGACUGCUGAGAUGAAAGAGCAUUUCGAUGUCCCCGAAGACCCCGAUGCGGGACUCUCGGAUGAGGAGCGGGAGGCUAUUGAUCGUGCCCUCGUGCGAAAACUCGACUGGAAGCUUAUCCCGUGGCUCUGUCUGCUAUACCUCGUAUCCUUCCUCGACCGCACGAACAUCGGAAACGCAAAGAUUGAAGGCCUGAUCGAGGACCUGGGCAUGACGAAUACUCAGUACAAUGCGUGUCUCACCAUCUUCUUCGUCAGCUACUCGGUAUUCGAGCCACUGUCGAACAUCCUCCUGAAGUGGAUGAAGCCGAGAAUUUACAUCCCCGUGAUCAUGUUGGCUUGGGGACUUUGCAUGACUUUUAUGGGUCUCUGCCACAACUACAACGGCCUGAUGGCGGCCCGCUGGUUCCUGGGUUUGACCGAAGCCGGUCUCUUCCCCGGUGUAAACUACUACCUUAGUUGUUGGUUCAAGCGCAGAGAAUUCGGAAUUCGCGCCGCCAUCUUCUUUUCCGCUGCGGCCGUCAGCGGUAGUUUCGGUGGACUCCUCGCCGCCGCCAUCUCACGCAUGGACGGCAUCUCCGGUCUGCACGGGUGGCAAUGGAUCUUCAUCCUCGAGGGUAUUGCCACUUUCGUCAUCGGCAUCGCCUCCUUCUGGAUGGUCCACGACUUCCCCGACGACGCCAAGUUCCUCACCCCCCUCGAGCGUGCCCGCGUGCUGCGGCGUCUCGCCGAGGACGGCCAGGCCUCGUCCUCGCACGAGGACAUCAAGUCCGUAUACGUCUGGCAGAGUCUGAAGGACUGGAAGACCUGGGUGGGCGCACUGAUCUACAUGGGAGUCGCCGGCUCUCUCUACGCCUUCUCCCUGUUCCUCCCGACCAUUAUCAAAGAGCUCGGCUAUAGCAGCACCACCGCGCAGCUCCUCAGUGUGCCGCCAUACGCGCUCGCCUGCGUGCUCACCAUCCUCGUAGGAUGGUUCGCCGAUCGGGCCGGCCAGCGCGGGCUCUUCAACAUCUUCAUCUCGCUGCUCGGGGUCCUCGGCUUCGCGAUCCUCCUCGGCUCGAACUCGCCCACGCUCAGCUACAUCGCCACGUUCCUCGCCGCGCUCGGUAUCUACCCGUGCAUCUCCAACACCAUCACCUGGGUCUCCAACAACGUCGAGGGCGUGUACAAGCGCGGCACCACCAUCGGCAUCGUCAUCGGCUGGGGAAACCUCAACGGCAUCAUGGGCAGCAACGUCUACCGCGCAAAGGACGCCCCGCAUUACAGGCUCGGCCAUGCUGUCGUCCUCGGAUACCUCACUAUCGGAUUGUUUGGUGGGUCGGUCCUCAACUACUUCCUGCUCCGUAGGGAGAAUGAGAAGCGCCGUACUGGCGAGCGCGAUGUCUGGAUCGAGGGCCUCUCGCGCAAGGAGAUUGAGGGGUUGGGUGAUAAACGACCCGACUUUUUGUACACCUUGUAGUACCUACCUGCCCUUCGGUGAUGGAUGUACCUAGGCGUGCUGGACGGGGACGACGAUGUUGAUGACGUGACGAUGUGGGAUACCUAUUUCUGUUCAAUUUUGUACCUAGGAGUUUUCAAUUUUUUGCUGUAUAUAUCACUUGUAUGAAUCUAUGAUGAUAGAAUCUACCAAACACACCCC